AUGAUUUAAAAAAAAGAUAUAUAAUAGAAGAGUCUCUUUAAUUCUUUUCAAAAAAACCUUCAAAUUAUAAAUUUAAUGUUAAAAAGAUUAAUUUUUCUCAGAAUAAUUCAUUAACUCAUUUAGGAUGGUAAAAUUUAUUUAAAAACUUAAUUAAACAUGAUUAGUACUAUGUUAGAUAGUCAAAUUAAAUUAGAUUACAUAGCUUAAGUAAUAAAAGAUAGAGCACUUGCUUCCCCUAACAAAAAGGUACCACUACAUACUUUCUUAUGUUACAAUGUUAGUCUUAAGGAUUAUGUUUCUGGCUUUUUAUCUGAAUAACCUCCAAAUUACUAAGUUCCUUAUGAUAUACUGUGGAGAUAGAAUAUGAUGAUAGUCUAAAUUUUGGAUAUUUUGAUGGAGUCCCAGAAUCUUCUGGUGAAUUUUAUAAAUGUUUUAAAGGAUUCUCAAUUUGAGGUAGAAUAUUGUUUAUCGCAAAGAAUGGAAACUCACAAGAUCAAAAUUUUCACCUUAUCAUUUAAAUAUGUGUGA